AUGUAUGUACUAUAGUAAAUGCCCCAUGCGCAGCACUUUUGCUUUCAUUUGCAACAAUUGGAGGCGACACUCGCAUAAAAACAGCUGCUGGCAGCGAGACUGCAAACUGCAUUUAUGUCAGACGCACGCGCUACGGUCAUCAAAUGCAAAGCUGGAAGCUGGCAAUGCCAAUGCAAUGUUGCAACGAGCAACGAGCAACAGCAACAGCAGCAUCAACAGCAGCAGCAGCUGCUGCAAGGAUAACGUUCCCAGCGAGUAAAUCCCAAUGUUUGCUGUUUAGCACAAACGAUGUCUGCUAAUUUGUGGUAAAGCAAAAAACACACACACACACAGAAAGACGACUAGAAGAAAGCAAAAAGCAUUGCACACUCACGACAAGCUCACGACAAAGUCGCCAAUCAAUAAAUGCAAAAGCAAAGCACGCCAAACCGAGUGAAAUAAGCUUUUGAGCGUAAAACGUAAAAGCUUUUGCGGCGCUUUGCAAAAAACGAGCCAAAGUUGUAAAGCUUCAGCCAGCCAGCCAGCUGCUAACACUUGCCGUAUGCCGACAAGAGCCGAACGUCGUAAGCCGAACCGAACACACCCGAAUGCCGAUUGCCGAUUGCCGAGUGCCAAGUGUUAAGCGACGAGUGGCGAAUGCACCGCUUGGCGCACACCACAUGACGCUUUUUGAGCUAAACCGAAGCUGAGUCGAUAUUUUGCGCUCAAUCGAAGCUUCGCCUCGCUGUGUAGGCCGCUGCUGCUUGAAAAUGCCAAAGGGGCAGCUGGCAGUCGCCUAUUCGCCCCUCGCGUCCCUUUCGCCUAUAGCCAGCUGCCUGCUGCCAAACUGUCUCAAUGGUCUGGCCUCGUGGGCGCGAAAGCUUCGCAGGCGCGGACAGUUGUAUACGCAACGUUUUAGCUAACGAGCACGAGACACGGACCGAGUUCCCCCAAAGCGCGACGCGUACGCAUCGAAAGUGUGACUGCCAGUCAAAUGAUUUAGUCUCAGUCGAAAAAAAGAAAGAAAGAAAACCACACAAAAAAACGAAAGGAAUAUAUAUCUAUAUUAGAAACAUCAGCUAUUUUAUUGUUAAUGUAAAUAAGUGCAUACAAUUGUUAUGUACAUACAGAUUUAGGGUAGUAAUCGGUAAAAUCGGUUUGCUCCAAUUUGUGAGCCAAAUUGUGCCAUAAAUAAAACUGAGAAACGAGGCAGCAAAAAAAGAAAGCAGCAAGCAGCAGCAAAAAAAAUCGUGGCGCGAACGUGUGUGCCAGAAAAUCAUUGAGCAAAAAAUAUAAAAAUCCUUCAAAAGGAUGUAAAGCAUUUCAAAUUUGUGCCUUUACCUGCAAAUCGCACUUUGUGUGUCUGUGUUUUCGUGAGCUUCCAAAAAAAAAAAUACAAAUAUCAACAAAAAAAUACGAAAAAAGCAAAAAGUAGGAAAGUAUAUAAAUAUACAACAACAACAACAAAAGAAACGCAGGAGCAAAAGUGCACUUUCAAUUAAAAAGCUAGCCACAGCAGCUCUGCAGGAACGCAGCAGCAGCAGCAGCCGCAGUCGUGGCAGCACAGGCAGCGCAUAAAAUCAAUAUUUUUGUUUAAGCAGCAGCAGCAGCAGCAGCAGCGGCAGCCAAAAAUCUGCGACACAACCAACAGCAGCAGCAGCAUUAACUAACAACAACAACAACAAUAUUCAAAAGAAUUUGCCAGCACAAACGACAAACAACAGCAACAACAAAAACAACGACAACAACAUCAAGAACAGCAGCGAAUUUCUUUCUUGUAGCCAGCGUCGUCGUCAACGUCGCCGUCGCUGUCGCCGUUGACGUCGACUUCGCAGCCGCUGUAAUCAACUUUUAUUUUGCGCUGAGCUGAGCGAGCGAGCGUCUUGGGGCUGUGUUUUUAUAAUAUAUACACACACAUAUUUGCACUUGGCUUGGUGUCGCUAGCUGUCUGUGUAUGUGUUAGUGUGUGUGUGUGUGUCUCUGCCAGCGUCUGUGUGUCUGUGUGUGAGCCAGAAGGUUACACUAAGCAGACGGCGCUAAGAAGCAGGAAGCAGCAGCAGCAGAGCAACAUCGUCAGAUAAUAGGCAAAGAAGACGAGAGCGACACAGUAACUAGGAAGUUGCUGUUAGCGGUUUAUUAUUGUAUUACUAGAACAACAACAGCAACACACAUACGCAUACGUCCAGAAGACACACACACAUACGCAGGCUGAACGCACAUGCAGCUAGUCUGACACCUGCGCACAACUUGGAGGCAACUCAAAUUACAUAAAUAGCAAUAGGGCCUAAGUGAAAGGCCGCCGCAGUACAACGAACUGCAGCUGCAGCACAUAUUUGCAUAGCAGCAACAACAGCAGCAACAGCAACAGCAGCAGCAGCAACAACAACAAUAACAACGAAAACAACAGCAACAUUUUAAAGUCAAGGCAUUUAGCAGCGGCACAGCGUAAAGCGAGAAACCUAUGGACAAUGCCUAUGUCUACUAUAAGAUGUACAAUAACUUCACGGGUGCCAGCGGAAGCCCCCCACUGCCAGAUAUCAUUGGACAAUAUUACGGCCCAACCGGAUACGGUGGAGCACCGCUCAACGGCUCAUUUGCCGCCGGUCUAAGUGGCGCCGGCUAUGGCAAUGCCGCCUAUGAGCUGUAUGGGCCAUCGACGUCAACGGGUUACCUGUACGAUCCCACAUCGUUGGCUGCAACCGCUGCCCAGCUGUAUGGACAAACGUCACCGAUACGAAGACGUCGGUAUAGCAUUGCGGGUUUGCCAUCGGCAACAAUGUACAAUGAUGUUUAUGGGUAUCCAGCGCCGCCGCUGCAUCAGACGAGCUCCUCAAAUAUUGUGAAUCUGUUGAAUGAGGCGCACAAAUCGAUAUCACGCUCAUCGCAGAUAUUGAAUUUGAGCCACCAGGCCAGACAGCUGGGGCAACCGGUGACGGUGACGACACCGCUGUCCGGCCGUGUGGUCUCCAGUUAUCCAACGCUGCAUGCGGGCGACACAUCGCCGCCAUAUUUGAACGAUAACCUGCUGCAAAUGUCGACGAGCUUCUCAUCCCAGCCCAAUAUGUACUUCCAGCCGCAGCCGACGCAGCUGACGGCCGCUCAAAGCGCCGCUGCGGCGGCUGCUCGACUGCGACCCGCCUACUCCGUAUCGAAUCUUGUCGCUGGCACUGGCCCUGGCUCUGGCUAUCCAGGCAGCUGCAAGUACGGCGCGACGGGCUACGCGAAUCCCUAUCAAAGCGAUCCACUCACCUCGGCCACCGGCGGCCCAUAUGGCCUUGGCCUCGGCGGCCUCGGCCUGGGUGCGGGCAUGGGUUCGGGUCUCGGCCUGAGCGGCAUGCCAGGCGGAGGCGGAGGCGGAGGCAUCGGGGCCAUGGGCAGCAUAGGCCUGGGCCUGGGUCUGGGUCUGGGGGGUAUGCCUGGGUCGGUAUCACAACAGCAGCAGCGUCAUCUCAUGUCACACACACUGCAUGCCUCAAAUCCCGCCAUUUCGCAGUACUAUCAGCAGCACUCGCUACCGCCGACGGCCAGCUCGGCGCUGGCCUACAAUCUGCAUCAGCAGUUCGCCGGAACGCAACAACAGCAGCAGCAGAGUGGCCAGCAGCUGGGCCAGCCGCAUUCGCAUAUACAGGCCUCGGUGCAGCAGCAGAUGAACCCGCAGUAUCAGUAUCAUGUGCAUCAGCACCAGAACCAUCUGCAAACCCAUCCGCUGGCAGCGUUGGCCAACACAACCGGCCCCUUUGGCGGCACGCUGGCGAGCAGUGCUCGCGAUGCCGCUGUAGCAGCUGGUGUUGGCUACGAGGGGCUGCAUCAUACACCGCAUUCGGCACACUCGCAUCUGCAUUCGCAUUCGCAUCCGCAUCAUCACCAUCCGGUUGGUCUGCAUGCCUCGACAUACCCGCACUCGUCAUACUCGCAUCAUCAUCAUCAGCAACAACAACAACACCAGCAUCAGCAACAUCAGCAACACCACCAGCAGCAGCAACACCAACAUCACCAUCACUUGCCAUACUCGAAACUAGACUUAGAUUACCCGAAACUGCCGCAAGAGCAUAAGCGACAAUUGGACGAAUUCCGUCUUGAAAUACAAAGAAGGGAUCAAGAGAUUCUGGCGAUGGCGGCCAAAAUGAAAACGCUCGAGGAGCAGCAUCAGGACUAUCAGCGGCACAUAGCGGUGCUCAAGGAGUCGCUAUGUGCCAAAGAGGAGCACUACAACAUGCUGCAGACGGACGUCGAGGAGAUGCGCGCCCGCCUCGAGGAGAAGAACCGUCUCAUCGAGAAGAAGACCCAAGGCACGCUGCAGACGGUGCAGGAGCGCAAUCGCCUAACCAGCGAGCUGACCGAGCUCAAGGAUCACAUGGACAUCAAGGAUCGAAAGAUUAGUGUGCUGCAGCGCAAGAUUGAGAAUCUCGAGGACUUGCUGAAGGAGAAGGACAACCAGGUGGACAUGGCACGGGCGCGUCUCUCCGCCAUGCAGGCUCAUCACAGCAGCUCCGAGGGCGCACUCACCAGCCUCGAGGAGGCCAUCGGCGACAAGGAGAAGCAAAUGGCGCAACUGCGCGAGCAACGCGAUCGCGCCGAGCACGAGAAGCAGGAGGAGCGUGAUCUCCACGAGCGCGAGGUGACCGACUACAAGAUGAAGUUGCGCGCCGCCGAAAGCGAUGUCGAGAAGCUGCAGACGCGCCUCGAGCGGGCGGUGAACGAACGUGAGCGUCUGGAGAUCAAGCUGGAGGCGUCGCAGAGCGAACUGGGCAAGUCGAAGGCGGAGCUGGAGAAGGCCACCUGCGAGAUGGGACGCAGCAGCGCCGACUGGGAGUCCACGAAGCAGCGCAUUGCACGGCUCGAGCUGGAGAACGAGAGGCUCAAACACGAUCUGGAGCGUUCGCAGAAUGUACAAAAGUUAAUGUUCGAAACGGGCAAAAUAUCGACAACGUUUGGCCGCACCACAAUGACGACGUCCCAGGAGCUGGAUCGAGCGCAGGAGCGUGCUGACAAGGCGUCUGCCGAGCUGCGUCGCACGCAGGCUGAGCUGAGAGUGACACAGGGCGAAACUGAAAAACGUUUUUCGGACGCUGAGCGUGCACGCGAAGAAGCCGCCGCCCUGCAAGAGAAACUGGAAAAGAGCCAGGGCGAAGUCUAUCGACUCAAGGCGAAACUGGAGAACGCCCAAGGCGAGCAAGAGAGUCUGCGCCAGGAGCUGGAGAAGGCCCAGAGCGGCGUCUCUCGCAUACACGCCGAUCGCGAUCGGGCGUUCUCCGAGGUCGAGAAGAUCAAGGAGGAAAUGGAGCGCACUCAGGCAACGCUCGGCAAAUCGCAGCUGCAGCAUGAGAAGCUGCAGAAUUCGCUGGACAAGGCACAGAACGAGGUCGAUCAUCUGCAGGACAAGCUCGACAAGGCGGGCGCCGAGAAUCGACGGCUCGUCCUCGAAAAGGAGAAGCUCACCUACGACUACGACAAUCUGCAGUCGCAGCUUGACAAGGCUCUCGGCCAGGCGGCUCGCAUGCAGAAGGAGCGCGAAACUCUCACUCUGGACACGGAUCGCAUUCGCGAGAAACUUGAGAAGACGCAGAUGCAGCUAGCGCGCAUACAGAAGGAGCGGGAUCAGUUCUCCGAUGAACUGGAGACGCUCAAGGAGCGCUCGGAGUCAUCGCAGACGCUGCUGAUGAAGGCCGCUCGCGAUCGGGAGGCGAUGCAAACCGAUUUGGAAGUGUUGAAGGAGCGCUACGAGAAAUCGCAUGCCAUACAACAGAAAUUGCAGAUGGAGCGUGACGAUGCCGUCACCGAGGUGGAGAUACUCAAGGAGAAGCUGGACAAGGCUCUCUAUGCCAGCCAGAAACUGAUCGACGAGAAGGACACCUCGAACAAGGAGUUCGAGAAGAUGCUCGAGAAAUACGAUCGUGCUCAAAACGAAAUCUAUCGUCUGCAGUCGCGAUGCGACACCGCCGAAGCGGAUCGUGCCCGUCUUGAGGUGGAGGCCGAACGCUCCGGUUUGGCGGCAUCGAAGGCACGCGAGGAUCUGCGCAAGCUGCAGGACGAGAGCACACGGCUGCAGGAGGCCUGUGAUCGUGCUGCACUGCAGCUGAGUCGCGCCAAGGAGUGCGAGGAUAAUGCACGCAGCGAGCUCGAGCACAAUCGCGAUCGCUUCGACAAACUGCAGACGGACAUCCGACGCUCGCAGGGCGAGAAGGAGCACUUCCAGUCCGAGCUGGAGCGUGUCACCUACGAACUGGAGCGCGCACAUGCUGCACAGACCAAGGCGGGCGCCAGUGUCGAGGCGGCCAAGGAGGAGGCCGCUCACUAUGCCGUCGAGUUGGAGAAGAUGCGUGAACGCUACGAGAAGAAUCAGGUGGAGCUGCGCAAGCUGCAGGACACCGAUACGUUUGGCCGCGAGACGCGACGCCUCAAGGAGGAGAACGAGCGGCUGCGUGAGAAGCUGGACAAGACGCUGAUGGAGCUGGAGACGAUACGCGGCAAGUCGCAGUACGAGUCGGAGUCGUUUGAGAAGUACAAGGACAAGUACGAGAAGAUCGAGAACGAGAUCCAGAACAUGGAGUCGAAGCUGCACGAGACGAGCCUGCAGCUGGAGCUGUCCAAGGGCGAGGUGGCCAAACUGCUGGCGAAUCAGGACAAGCAGCGCAGCGAACUGGAGCGUGCGCACAUUGAGCGGGAGAAGGCGCGCGACAAGCACGAGAAACUGCUGAAGGAGGUCGAUCGUUUGCGCCUGCAACAGUCCUCGGUGAGCCCCGGCGAGCCGGUGCGUUCGUCCGCCUCGAUGUCGAUCUCGGCGGGCGAGCGACAGGAGAUCGAUCGGCUGCGUGAUCGCCUCGAGAAGGCGCUGCAGUCGCGCGAUGCUACCGAACUGGAGGCCGGUCGCUUGGCCAAGGAACUGGAGAAGGCACAAAUGCAUUUGGCCAAACAGCAGGAGAACACCGAGUCCACGCGCAUCGAAUUCGAGCGCAUGGGCGCCGAACUGGGACGUCUGCACGAUCGCCUCGAGAAAUCCGAAUCGGAGAAGGAGACGUUGCGUCAGACAAGUCGCAAUGCUGGUGCUGCUGGUGGUGCUGGUGCCAAUCCGCAGCUGGAGAAGCACGUGCAGAAGCUGGAGAGCGACAUCAAGCAGCUGGCCAUGGAGCGAGAGCAGCUGGUGCUGCAGCUGGAGAAGAGCCAGGAGAUACUGAUGAACUUCCAGAAGGAGCUGCAGAAUGCCGAAACGGAAUUGCAAAAGACACGCGAGGAGAAUCGCAAGCUGCGCAACGGCCAUCCCGUGGCGCCAGCGGCUCCCGCCGAGAUUCAGGCCAUGCAGAAGGAGAUCCAAGUGCUGCAGCAGAAGCUGCAAGAGUCCGAGCGCGCCUUGUCCGCCGCUGGACCAUCAGGGCAGCAGGGAGCGGCCGCAGCAGCGGGCGCAAGUCGCGAGGAGAUCGAACAGUGGCGCAAAGUCAUCGAGCAGGAGAAGAACCGCGCCGACAUGGCUGACAAGGCGGCCCAGGAGAUGCACAAGCGCAUACAACUGAUGGACCAACACAUCAAGGAUCAGCACGCCCAGAUGCAAAAGAUGCAGCAGCAAAUGUCACAGAUGACACAGCAACAACAGCAACAGGCGGCAGCGCAACAGCAACAAAAUGCCGCAGCUGCAGCCAGCGGCGUCGAUGCCAAGGAGCUUGAGAAAGUCAAAGGUGAACUGCAAGCUGCAUGCACGGAGCGUGAUCGCUUCCAGCAGCAACUGGAGCUGCUCGUGCAAGAGCUGGAAAAGAGUCAGAUGUCCAACCAGGAGCAGGCCAAGCAACUGCAGACGGCGCAGCAGCAGGUGCAACAACUGCAACAGCAGGUUCAAACGUUGCAACAGCAAAUGCAGCAGCUGCAACAAGCGGGCAGUGCGGGAGCGGCGGCCACAGAUGUGCAACGCCAGCAGCUGGAACAGCAGCAAAAGCAACUGGAAGAGGUGCGCAGGCAGAUCGACAACCAGGCCAAGGCCACCGAAGGCGAGCGCAAGAUUAUCGACGAGCAGCGCAAACAGAUCGAGGCCAAGCGCAAGGACAUCGAGGACAAGGAGAAGAAAAUGGCCGAAUUCGAUGUGCAGCUGCGCAAGCGAAAGGAACAAAUGGAUCAACUGGAGAAGUCACUGCAGACCCAAGGAGGAGGCGCUGCGGCAGCUGGCGAGCUUAACAAGAAGCUCAUGGACACGCAACGGCAACUCGAAGCUUGCGUCAAAGAGCUGCAGAACACAAAAGAGGAGCACAAGAAGGCGGCAACAGAGACAGAGCGACUGCUGCAGUUGGUACAAAUGUCGCAAGAGGAGCAGAACGCCAAGGAGAAGACCAUCAUGGAUUUGCAACAAGCCUUAAAGAUCGCUCAAGCCAAAGUCAAACAAGCACAAACACAGCAGCAGCAAGCGGACGCUGGUCCGGCUGGCUUCUUGAAGAGCUUCUUCUAAAGAGAAACAGCAACAGAACCCACAAUAUUAACAAAAGAAGAAGAAGACGAAGAAUGAAUAUUUACAAAGCAAAUAGAACAAGAAGAAAAAAACAAAAGAUAAAAAGAAAAUGAAAAAAAAACAAAAACAACAACAGCACUGUCUACUAUUUUGUAUACUACCGAUACCGAUACCGAUAACGAUACCGACUAUGCAGUAUUUCUUCAACUACUAUGUACCACACACACUUACACACACACAUAUUCUAUAUACACAAAGAAACACACACAGACACGAACACAGACACAUUUGUAAAUGACAUAUGUAAAUGCAAGCAAAUUAUUUGAUAUUUAUUGUAUUGUAAUUAGGUUGCCGCUAUACUCAAAUUAUGGAUGCAUUUAUGUAAAUGUCAGUCAGAACGUAACGCGUCACGUAACGACGUUACGUUAUUAUAGUAACUCUCUCGAACUUACAACUUAACUCUAUGUAUACCCUUAAAUGCCACACUCUUACGUAUACUCUAUCUCUAAAAACGUUCUCGCUAUCUUUCUCUUUCUCACACACACCACGCUACAGCAGACACGUCAUCUCUAUAUAGUAUAUAAAUAUACUAUUUGUCUCGCUUUACACUCCACACACUCGAUUUCCCCCCUAUUUCUUCUCUGGCUGUCUCGCUGUCUAGUUAACUGUUGACAUGAUCAUUUUUGUACAUUUUCGAUCGAUGCGCUGAAAAGUCGACUACACUUUCCCGGCAAACGAAAUUGCAGUUCACACGAUCUGCGUUCUCACGAUCGUGAGACAUUUUCGUGACAUACAAUAGUUUCACUCUCGGCACAGCUCUGCAAAAAAAAAAGAAAUUUGCACGUUUGAUAAGGAAAAUCCCAUCAUUAGUUUUGCAUACGGCGCGAAUGUGAUUCACAAUAACCAAAAUAAAUAAAAGAAAAAACAAAAACCAAAUGAAAACAUCAAAGAGAAAACUAAUGCAAAAUGAAUAA